GUUCUUUACGAAUGAUUAUAAUUCUGCUGAGCGAAAAUAUUUGGUCCAUGCUUUUUCAUUAUUUUUUUUUCUUCAAAUUGUUACAUUUUCUAUCAAAUCAAAACAAAUUCAUCCGAAAAAAAUGAGACUUACCAUUGAAUUGGUUGAAGGUGCAUUUCAAUUUAUGAACAAAUCAACUGGUGAUCGUGAAUUAGAUUUACGUGAUUAUAAAAUUACAACAUUGGAAAAUUUGGGUGCAACAUUAGAUCAAUUUGAUGCUAUUGAUUUUACUUCGAAUGAUAUUCGUACAUUAGAAAAUUUUCCAUUAUUAAAUCGUAUUAAACGUUUAUAUUUUAGUAAUAAUCGUAUUUCAAAAAUUGAUGAACGUCUUCAUGAAUCGAUACCGAAUCUAGAAGGUCUUAUUAUGAUCAAUAAUCAACUACAAGAACUUGGUGAUCUUGAUUCAUUAGCUGGAUUUAAAAAAUUAACAACACUUGCAUUGAUGGGUAAUCCAGUAUCAACAAAAAAACAUUAUCGAUUAUAUUUAAUACAUCGAAUACCAUCAAUACGUUUAUUGGAUUUUAAAAAAGUUAAAAUAAAAGAACGUAAUGAAGCAGAUAAAUUGUUUAGUGGUGAAAAGGGAAAACGAUUGGAAAAUGAAAUUGGUAUUAAAUCGAAAACAUUUGUUCCAGGUGGUGAACUAAUAAAUGGCAGUGGUGGCGGUGCAGGUAUUCAACCAAAUAAUCAACGUAAACAAUUAACAACGGAAGAAAUUCAAGCAAUUAAACAAGCUAUUUCAAAAGCCAAUACAUUAGAAGAAAUGGAACGUUUAAAAUUAUUAUUAAAACAAGGAUAUAUACCAAAUAGUAAUAAUCAAUGAUGGAUCUCAAUUUAAAACUUUUUUUCAUUUUCAUUUUAUAAUAAAUAAAACAU